GUCGUUUUGACAGAGAGGUAGAUAUUGGUAUCCCAGAUGCCACUGGGCGCCUGGAGAUCCUGCAGAUCCACACAAAAAAUAUGAAACUGGCUGAUGAUGUGGAUCUGGAACAGGUGUCAAAUGAGACCCAUGGCCAUGUUGGUGCUGACUUGGCUGCUCUUUGCUCAGAAGCUGCUCUUCAGGCUAUCAGAAAAAAGAUGGAUCUCAUAGACCUAGAAGAUGAAACCAUCGAUGCCGAAGUGAUGAACUCACUGGCUGUGACCAUGGAUGACUUCAGGUGGGCUCUGAGCCAGAGCAACCCUUCUGCUCUUCGUGAGACUGUGGUGGAGGUACCACAAGUUACCUGGGAAGAUAUUGGUGGUCUAGAAGAUGUAAAGAGAGAACUCCAGGAACUCGUACAG